ACCCUCCCAGUGUUGCCGGUUCCAUUUGCGACCAAUUUUCACCUUCUCCUGGUGGUGGACGAUCUCACUCACCAAACGCCUCUGCUUUUCCCCUACUCUAAUCAUCCAAAAAAGCUUCAACUUUGAGAAAUGGGUGGCAAAAACAAGAAGAGAAAGAGAGAACAAAACCGACCCACCAUUCACCCCAACAACAAGUACUCCGAAAACCCACCUGAUUUCACUCAUUUAGCUUCUCUCUACCCUUCCUUCCAACCAUUUGUUCAAUACUCCCAUAACGGAUACCCUAGAAUCGACUGGACCGAUUUCAACGCCACUCGCGAACUCACCCGUGUCUUACUCCUCCAUGAUCACUCUCUCAACUGGUGGAUUCCUGAUGGGCAACUCUGUCCCACUGUACCCAAUAGGUCUAAUUACAUUCAUUGGCUUCAAGAUCUUCUCUCAUCUAACAUCAUUCCAAAUACCAUUUCAUGUAGUGAGAAUUGUAAGGUUAGAGGAUUUGAUAUUGGAACUGGAGCUAAUUGCAUUUAUCCACUUCUUGGUUCAUCCCUUUUGGGAUGGAGUUUUGUAGGCUCAGAUGUAACUGAUGUUGCCAUUGAGUGGGCCGAAAGAAAUGUUAAUAGUAAUCCGAGUGUUUCUGAGUUGAUUGAAAUUAGGAGGGUACAAAGCAAUGCAACUACUUCCUCUGUGGAAGGGUUGUUGCAGGAUGAAGAGACGGUUCUUAGUGGUACGGAGGUAGAGAAUUUACCGAAAUUGCUUCUUGAUUUGAAUGCAUGUGAGAAUAGGAAUUAUAAUGGACCUCCUGUACUUGUUGGUGUAGUGAGGGAUGAUGAGAAGUUUGAUUUUUGUAUGUGUAAUCCUCCGUUUUUUGAAAGCUUGGAGGAAGCGGGACUUAAUCCCAAAACUGCUUGUGGUGGCACUUCUGAAGAAAUGGUUUGCGCUGGUGGUGAGAAGGCCUUCAUUACUCGCAUUAUUGAAGAUAGUACUCAACUCAAGCAUAAUUUUAGGUGGUUCACUUCAAUGAUAGGUAGAAAAUCAAACCUCAAGUGUCUUACAUCGAAACUUUGGGAAGUUGGAGUCACUGUAGUGAAGACAACUGAAUUUGUCCAGGGUAGGACAUCCCGAUGGGGGCUUGCUUGGUCUUUCUUGCCUAUUGUGCAACAGAAGUCAUCGAUUUCUUUUCCGAACAAGAAUACCAUGUCCUUCAUGCUUGAGGGUCUUCAACGCAAGGAUGGGGCCAUUAAUGUGUUGGAAGAUGUCAAGUCUUACUUUUCCUUGCGCGGUCUCUCCUGCACAAUGAAUACCUCCUCUUUCACGGUGGAUGUUGUGGCAACAAAAGAUGACUGCAAUUCAAUCUUGAAGAAUGAAAUGCCCAUUAUCAAUCAAUCCACUGAUUAUCAACCUACUGAGAAGAAUACAUCUAAUGGAUCAAGUGUUAAUCUCUCUUGUGAUAGAUCAGGCCUUCGUAUAUCGGUUUUUCAGCAAAUCCCUGGGACACUGUUGGUGAAAGGUUCAGUACAAGAUAAGAAUAGCCCAUUAUCAGGAGCAUUCUCAGUGAUUUUCCAGAAACUGGAAGAAACAUUACGGAAUAAAUUUUGUACCAGAUCAGUAUAGAGUUCUUGAUUAUUCGAUUUAUCAUUUGGCAUGGUGACUGGAUGUGUUGCAUGAUUCUGAGAAGUUCACAAUUGCUAAUUUUUGGGGUCAGGAUUUAUAGAAAUCAAGUGAAGGUGUUGGUGUAAAAUAAGGAAAUAGAAGCAACAAUAAUUUCAGGAGGCACUAUUGCUCGUUGAGAAAUUUGUACGAUAAUAAACCUUAAAUGAACCAUUUUAGUUGGUAGGAGAAUUGUACUUAACAGGAUUUGCAUUUUAAAUGUCAAACGUAUCGUCAUUUUCUACUUAAUACACAAUACUACAUGCUUAGCAGGUUUAGUAUUUGCUGCUACAAUGGCUUAGUUUUGUGGUAAGGGAAUAAAAAGGAAUAGCCUCUGUCUACCAUCAUAUGCAGUGUCCAAGAGCUGUCAUUAUUGGAAUACUAAGGAUCUUAACUUUAGGACGUCCUAUACACACCAAAACACUUCGUAAGGGAUCCACUUCUAUUUUGUUGAAAAUUAAUAUGAAAGUUAAUCGCUCUAUUGAUGGAUGAGUGAGUCGGUAGGUUAAGUUCCGGACUUACACUUAGACAUAUUUUGAAUUUAUGAUAGGGUUUAUUUCACAACUAUCAAU